AUGGACGUUCAAAGAACAUUUAACUACAACUUAGGUGUCUUAGGACACAUAGAUUCAGGCAAAACAAGCUUAGUCCGUGCUCUAAGCACCAUUUUAUCUACAGCCGCCCUCGACAAAUCCCCUCAAUCUCAAGAACGUGGAAUUACCUUAGACUUAGGAUUUUCUGCAUUUAGAAUAGAAAUGCCAAGUCACCUAAGCAGAGACUACACAGACCUCCAAAUCACCCUUGUAGACUGUCCAGGCCACGCCAGCUUAAUCCGGACCAUUAUAGCUGGAGCUUCUAUUAUCGACAAAAUGCUAUUAGUAAUAGACGCCACCAAAGGUAUCCAAACCCAAACUGCUGAGUGCAUCGUUAUAGGAGAACUUCUAUUAAAAAGCAGCCUUAUUGUCGCUUUAAAUAAAGUUGACCUUGUAGACCAGGACAAGCUAAAUAAUGUGGAAAAAAGAAUUAAUGCAAUGCUUUCUAUGACAAAAUUCAAUAAUAAAUUCGGAAUUUUAAAAGUAGCUGCUGCACCUAGAGAAGGAGAUCCUAUAGGUAUAAGAGAGCUUAUUGAAGCUAUUUCAGGGUCUAUUGAUGAGCUGCCGAGUAGAAUAAAUAAUGAGCCACUUUAUUAUGAAAUUGAUCAUUGUUUUCCAAUAAAAGGACAAGGAACUGUGAUGACUGGGACUAUUUUGCAUGGAAAUAUGAGGGUAGGGGACACUUUGGAAAUUAUUCCUUUGGGGAUUCAAAAAAAAAUAAAAUCAAUGGAGUGUUUUCAUCAGCCUGUAAAUGAGGCGAAAAAAGGGGAUAGAGUUGGAGUUUGCGUGACAGGGUUUGAUUCUAAAUUGCUAGAAAGAGGGGUUGCCUCUAUAUUUUUUAUAUAAAUUAUAUAGUAAAAAAUCCUUUAGCUGUCUUUAAAAGGCAAUAUAUUGAUAAAUAUUAUACCCCUAAUACCUUGAGAGUUAUACAGAAAUCAAUUAUCCGCGUACAAAUAAUCCCGCAUUAUAAAUUCCCGAUAAAAUCUAAAGCGAAAUUCCAUAUCACGUGUGGGAAUGAAACAGUCAUGGGAAGCUGCGUAUUUUUUUCAAGCCCGAAUUUAAAAAAUAGCCCAAAUGAGGAGGAUUUAGAAAGGUUUAGCCCAGAUAUGCUUUAUCAUUAUGAAGAUGAAGUUACUAAGUCUAAUAAAAAGUAUUGGGCUUUAUUAACGCUGGAGAGUCCUAUUUGUACUCUUGCUGACAGCUUAGUUAUUGGUGCAAAAAUAUUUUUUUUUAUUUUUUUUUAAAAUAAUAAUUAUUUUUUAAAAAAAAUAAAAAAUGGUGCAAAACUUGAUAUUGACGUAAAUUCAAAAGCUUGUAGAAUCGCAUUUUCUGGGAUCACAGAAGUUUUGGAUCCUGAAAUUUCUUGUGAUUUUAUCAAAGUUUCUAAACCAAAGAAAAAAGUAGGCCAAGUUGAUAGAAUUCAAGACCCUUAUACUGCAAUUGGUGUUGGAAUGUUUAAUAAAGAAACUGAUAUAUCAAAAUUUGUAGGACUUCAGGUAAAAGUUAAUGGAAAAAUUGGGGUAAUUGUAAGCUCUUUUGGAAAAAGUGGGAAAUUUAAGAUAAAUUUCCCUGAAGGAGAUGCGGUGACUGGAGAAGUUGUAUUAGAGUUCAAUCGUUUGUUAUGGGACCCACGAAAUCAGAUGGUUCAAUAA